AUGGACCCAGCGUAUUCGCUCUCGAGGGAGGAUUUAUACAACUUGCAAAUGGAAGUGAAGCAAGUUCAGUAUGCACAGACGAAUCAUGCGGAACGAAUUUCAAGACUCGAAAAACGCCAAACAGAUGAUUCUGCCAUCAAAUCAGCGUGGAAUUCUCCAUUUCCAGGAGUGUUAAGCACCACCCCGCAACAUGGGCCUGUGCAGAUACCCCAUAAUGAUGUUUUUGACGACUUAGAUGAGCAGGGAGAGGAGUUGCUAGGAUCACUUCACCUUGGUCCGGCAGAAGAAGAGCCAGUGCGCCGCGGGGCUGCAUCGCGAGCCAACAGCGUUCGGUUUGACGAGAGCGCUCUGCAUGGAUCAAGCUGGAGUGCGGCUGCGAACCAAAGCAACCGACACUCCGGUGAUUUUGGUUCUAUCAGGAGUGGAGCGGGGCUGAUGAUGGAGAGAACACUCUCACACAAGUCUGACGGUCGACACAGCUCCGCCGGGCACUCGAUACACUCACAUCACUCUGUUGCAUCUGGUCGAGCAAGUAGCGUGGGGCUAGAUGCAGACGACGAUGACGACUCGUUCGCUGUUCCGGAACCGCCAGUGUCUCUCUACGUGCUUGGCUCCGUGCCAUCCCUUACUCGAUGCUGGCUGACACUCAACUUUGCACAUGCAACUCUGUUGUAUGCGGAUAUAUGCUCCGGCGCUCAGAAGUCAACGAUUGCACAGUGGUUAUUAGAAGACCUUGCAUUGAUUGAUGACGUUGAGCGAGAUGUAGACGGCAACCCUAGAAUCAAACUCGACGUCUACUUUGCCGAAGCCGUGGUCACCCAAAGAAACAGUCAGCCCGAAAGUCCAGGCAGCUUGGUACCUUCAAUUACUGUUUUAUUUGAGGUUGUCGGAGGCAAUCCUCCCGAAGGCAAGAAACCAAUCGGUGUCUUCAUUGGUUCUGACGCACUGAGAGCUCACUCGGCGGAUAUUCUCUUUUCCCAAAAUACCAUGGCACUAUAUGGUAAUAAUCGUGAGCGCGUGCGCGUCCCGUUUGUACGCCCUGAUGAUGAGAGCAUAUUUCGACACAUCACAACUAGCAAUAAUCGACCCGAGAAGCCUAAGCUCAAUGCCAGUGCCGCCCCAUUCGUCUUUGCAGACACCAGUGCUGUGAGCGAUACAGAAGCACAGUCAGAUUCCCUUGAGCAAUCCACUGAAGAGCAUCAGGUUUCAGAGCCCAUCUCCCCAACUGCUACACAUGCACAACCGAAAAAGUCGAUACCCAUGGAAGGGACGGCUGAUACUGCUGGCACGGAGACAAUACGAAGGGCUAGCAACGAUCGCCCGCCCCGAAAGUCGGAGAUAUCGAAACGUGACGUCGCAAAUGCAAUCUGGAGUCCAUGGCGCCAAAACGGCGCGAACGGCGGCGAGCGAGAAAACGGUUCCAUUAGCGGUUACCAACCUCCAUUACCGCGUGGGCGUAACAUGAAGGUUUUGAAAACUGGAAAGUCCACGCAGGGAACCAGCAAAGGCGAGGGACGGAGAAAGAGCCAGACAAGCACUGCUGGAGAUGGCACCAAUGGCGGCAACAAGUGGGAACAGAAACGAGGGCCUAGUAUCAGCAGAGAUACGAAGCAUCGGGAGACGUCUCAGGAGACUGCGCCAGAACAACCACGUGCGUCUAAUCCAAUCGGCGGUGCCUCUGCAUUUGCGUGGAUGACACCAGGAGUUAAAGGAUCCAAAGGGGCCGCUACAAGCGAAUAG